UUGUCUGGUAUUUCCUUAUCAUUAAACUUUGGACUUAGUGAUGGAUGUUUGUUUAGUGUUUAUUUAAACAGUUGCAUUUCAAUCAGAAAAGCCAAAUGCAGAUAUGAGCCAGGAGCAAAGACUGGUAUGCUAAUGGAGGAUGUUUUACCAUCACAGGUUUUCUGGCCAAAUUGAAACUCCAUCACUCUCCUUCAGCUUUUCUUUCAUUGCUUCACCUGGAGUGACAGAGAAUUAAUUGGACCUUCAAGUAUUUAGUUUCUGCUGCCUAAUAUUGGUUAUUCUAAUAACUUGGGAAUCAUGGCCAGACAUAUAUAGUGGCUGUGCUUGCAAAUUUUCAUAGAAGACUGGACCAUUAGCAUUGGAGGACGUUUGCGUUCCCUGAGUGCUCUUCUAGGUAUCAGCGUAACAGUUUUAAGUUUGUCUGCAAUGGAAAACCUUAUUCUGCAGUACCCCAGUAUAACCACUCUGCUGAGCACUGCUGGGAUCUUCCUCGCCUUGUAUGUAUUUUUCUCUGGCUUUGACCGUCAAAGAAAGGAGCCUCCGGGUCCCAGGCCACUGCCACUGUUUGGCAGUUUGCUGCAGCUGGAUACAAAGGCGCCCCACAAAACUCUACAUGAGCUCUCCAAGAAGUAUGGACCCAUAUUCACAGUCUAUUUUGGGCCAAAAAAAGUAGUUGUUCUGGCAGGACACAAGAUGAUCAAGCAGGCUCUGGUCAGCCACAAUGCAUUUUCAGACAAAGAAAUUUUACCAAUUAUCAAAGACCUGAAAUUGACACACGGAAUUAUAUUUGCCAAUGGAUCCUCAUGGAAAGAAAUGAGAAAUUUUGCACUGACUAGCAUGAAAGAUUUUGGAAUGGGCAAACAAGCAUGUGGAGAGAAAAUCAUAGAGGAGAGUCAACACCUAAUUGAUGUCUUUAAAGGAACACAUGGUAAUCCCAUUGACACUGCCCAGCCAGUAAGACAGGCUGUCUGCAAUAUCAUCUGUUCUAUUGUCUAUGGCAAGAGGUUUGAAUAUGAUGACCCAGUGUUCAGCUCUAUGGUGGCUCGAGCGAAGAAGAACAGUCAGCUCAUGGGCUGUGCUUCAGUGCAGCUGUAUAACCUUUUUCCAAGGCUGUUCAGUUGGGUUGGCGCUCGAAAACAACUGAUGAAAGGUGCAUUUGCUAAUAGGAAACAGAUGAAAGAGUUGAUCAAGGGUUUACAAGACACCCUUAAUCCACAGAUGCACAGAGGUUUGGUGGAUGCCUUUCUGGCCCGCAAGAUGCACCUUGAGACAUCGGGAAUUGCGAAUUCUCACUAUGAUGACGACAACCUGCUGAUUACUAUUGUCAACCUGUUCACUGCUGGCACCAACACUACAUCUUCUACUAUUAGAUACGGUUUACUGCUCAUGGCCAAGUACCCAAAAAUACAAGACCUGGUCCAAGAGGAACUCAGCAGGGUGGUAGGAAGCCGUCAGAUCCAGGUAGAGGACAGAAAGAACCUGCCGUACACUGAUGCUGUCAUUCAUGAAAUUCAGAGAAUGAUCAGCAUUGUCCCCUCAAUUGCACAUUGUGCCUCCCAGGAUGCCACUCUCCAGGGUUACUUUAUCAAGAAGGGGACCCCAGUGCUUGUUCUGCUGUGGUCAGCCCUUCAGGAUGAAAAUGAAUGGGAAAACCCUGAUACUUUUGACCCAGCCCAUUUCCUAGAUAAGGAUGGAAAUUUCAGAAAGAGAGAAGCUUUUCUAACUUUCUCUGCAGGCUCAAGGGUUUGUACAGGGGAGAGUUUAGCCCGGAUGGAGCUGUUCCUCUUCUUCACUUCCCUCCUCCAGCACUUUCGUUUUACUCCCCCACCUGGAGUUAUGGAAGAUGAACUGGAUCUGACGCUUGUUACGGGUUUCUUCCUAAGUCCUUCACCUCAUGAGCUCUGUGCCAUUAGCAGGUUCUAAUAAACAGUUACAUCAGAGAAUUGCAAACAGCGAUCACCCACUGAGAAACUGCACAAUGAUUUUCAAAUGAGUUUUAUUGUCGCAUGCACAAUCAAACACAGUACAGUGUCUCAUAAAAUCCUUAUGUGCCUUGCUCCAGAAUGACUUCAACAAAUAAAGCUAAAUAUAAUAUAGACAUAUAGAUGUCAACUUUGUAUUUUCGGACAAUAAGAAAUAAGAAGAUUUUGCUGAUCUGCUUGGUAGUACAAGUACUACAGAUAGAGCUUUCUAUUAUUCGAAGAUUAAAACGUGUUUGAAAAGUAAACACAAGGCAUCCUAAAAGUCAGUUCAUGUAGCUGUGUUAAUGAUUCACUGCCUGAUUUUCAUUGUUUCAAUGCUUGUAAGACAUCGAGGUUACGAUUUCUCACUGUGAUGAAGACAACCUGCUGAUUACUAUUGUCAACCUGUUCACUGCUGGCACCAACACUACAUCUUCUACUAUUAUACGGUUUACUGCUCAUGGCCAAGCACCCAAAAAUUCCGCAGUGCCCCGCUGGGGGCCAGCCAUCUUCUUGAUAUGCACCAGAAACUCAUGUAAAAAUAAGUAAUAAUAAUAACUCAUAAUAAAAAUACCAAAUUGAUCCAUAUCAACGGUAUGCUACACUUCUCAAUAAUAAAAAAUAUCAUUGUUCAUGGCAAUAUAACUAUUAUUUCAAAAAUGUCACAAAUAUGAACAAUGCACAAUGACUUUUAAAUGAGUUUUAUUGUCACAUGCACAAUCAAACACAGUACAGUGUCUCAUAAAAUCCUUAUGUGCCUUGCUCCAGAAUGACUUCAACAAAUAAAGUUAAAUAUAAUAUAGACAUAUAGAUGUCAACUUUGUAUUUUCAGACAAUAAGAAAUAAGAAGAUUUGCUGAAAUAAUGUUAAGAUUCAGAAGAAGAAUGGAUUAAAGGAUACCAAAAUAUGUAACAAUAAUUAAUACACGUCAAAACAGCAGAGUGAAAACAUUGAAACAUUUCGAUGUGCUGGAGACAUGGUGACAGUGUUUGGCAGAGUUUGUCACAAUUCUUUGCAUUCAUUGAUGUUUUGCCUGAGGCCUUGUCCACAGUGUACUCCCAGAGAUUUAACUUCUGUACAAAUCUGGUAUUCAAGCCUGUUAUCUUUCACAGUGAGCCAAUCAUUUGUUUUGCUGUCACCUUGUUUCUCUGUUUCUUUGCCCAGCAGUCAGGUGCACUGUGCCUUUGGUAUGAAGUGUGCUGCUUUGGUCGUUGACAGCUGCCAGAAGCUGUUGUUUGCCUCUUUUUUUUUUUUUUGUUUUUGGUAUUUUUGGUGUUUGUGGUGUUUUUCAUGUAGUUGGAUAAAAUCCAUUUGGAACUUGCAUUUGGCAUUUUUAAAUGUAUUUUAACAAAGACAUUUUUUGGGCUGUUUUCUUAGCGUUAAACUGGUUGUGUUUGUGCAGAGUACAUCCAUCUGCCCUGCAGUCAGCAAGUUAGCAAGUUCAGGUGUUCAGGACUGGUGACCUUUAGAUAUAUGUUUUGCACAUAUUAAUUAAAAGGAAGUAAUUGAGUCUCAGGUGCAUGCAGUCGCAUUUUGAGAGCUAUGACAAUCUUUCUAUUGUUAAUUAACAUGGUAUAUCAAUUGAUGGUCUUUUUUUGCAAUAUUAGUUUUCCAUUCAUUUUGUUUCUUGUACAAGUCCUUGAAGGGAGAUAGAGAUCAUAGAAAAUUGGCCCCUAGAAUGGUUGAUGCCAUGCACAACCUGUGAAACCAGGUCAUCGUCAGGACAUAAACUGGAUUAGGGCCACCACCACUUUGUACUCAGCAAUUUUGUUGUUUAUUCUGUGAGUCCUGCAGGCGUGUUAUUUCAUGCACAGGUCUUAUAGCAGACGGACGGUUAAGUAAACUCAGUUCUCUGUGGACAGGGCAAAAGUCUGCUUCUUUAUUUUACAAGUCACUAUAUGUUGUUUAAUUUUUGGAACACUGGUUAUAAAUU